AUGUUUGUACCGCCUGGAUAUCACCUGAAUGCUGAAAUAGACAGUGAAGAUAAAAAAGCGGAAAACAACGAGCAGGGUGGACCUGUGUAUGCAUACCCUGCAGGAAUUGGUACUACGAUGAUGAAUGGUUGUUGGGGGACAGGGUACAAACCUGGUGAUCCUUGUUAUCAAUCUUUAGAAGUGUUGACUGCCUGUCAGGUGUGUUUAUUAUUAAUCUGAUUUAUAUGCUAAAAAAACAGAUAACUAAACAGACGUAUAUAAAAUGACAGGCAAAGAGACUCAUAUUUCUGUUCAGCCCGCAAUGGCGCUUGUCAAUAUUUAAUCCACAUUUCCAAUCUUUAAUAAGGCAAAUAAUAUUUAUUCACUGAAAAUUUCCGUAAUGUUCUAAAAUCUGUUUGCGUUUUUGCUGCAGAAUAUGAUUGACGGCGCGGCAUUUAUUGGUGUUGGUUUUGACGGACGUGGUAAAUAUAGUCCAGAGUCAAGAAAAAUGAGUAUUAUACAACGUUCUUGUGGUGGACGUCAAUAG